AUGCGGGUGUAUGUGCGGGCGAGAAGAUGGUGGCGGCGGGGGAAGCAGCGUGAGGAGCGGGAACCCCAAGUCUCAUUGAAAUGGGCCACACUGGCCCUCCACAACCCGCAGUAUAUUUUUGGAGAUUUUAGCCCUGAUGAAUUUAAUCAGUUCUUUGUGACUCCUCGCUCUUCAGUUGAGCUUCCUCCGUACAGUGGAACAGUUCUGUGUAGCACGCAGGCUGUGGAUACACUACCCGAUGGACAAGACUAUCAGCGAAUUGAAUUUGGUGUUAAUGAAGUAAUUGAACCCAGUGACACUUUGCCGAGAAGCCCCAGCUACAGUAUUUCAAGCACAUUGAACCCUCAGGCCCCUGAAUUUAUUCUUGGUUGUACAACUUCCAAACCGAGCCCUGAUGGCACAGAUAAGGAAGCAAGCUACAGUUCCACUGACUGUCAUUACCCAGGCUCUGCCCUUGCUGAGGAUAGCAGUUGCACUGUGGAGGUAGAGGUUCUAGAAAACGAUGGUGUCUCAGGUGGUCUUGGACAAAGGGAGAGUAAAAAGAAGAAGAAACGGCCACCUGGAUAUUAUAGUUACUUGAAAGACGGUGGUGAAGAUGGUAUUUCCACAGAGGCCCUGGUCAAUGGCCAUGCUAACUCAGCAGCUGCGAGCAGCAUCAGCAUAGAGGAUGAGGAGUUUAUGGGUGACGUGCCUCCAUCGGUUACGCCCAGGACUUGUGACAGCCCUCAGAACUCCACGGACUCUGUCAGUGACAGUGGGCCUGAUGGCCCUUUCCCCGGAGCACUCAGUGGUGACACCAGGACUGCAGGGCAGCCUGAAGGGGUCCAUGGGACUGAUUUUGAUCAGUCCUGCUUCCCUGGAGAGGCUGGCAGAGACAACCUGUUAAGGACAGCUGGGGCUCAGCCCUAUGUUGGUACCAAUACUACUGAAAACUUUGGAGUUGCUAAUGGACAAAUACUUGAAUCCUCGGGUGAGGGCACAGCUGCCAAUGGAGUGGAAUUGCACACUAUGGAGAGCGCAGAUUUGGACCCAACUGAACCCGAGCGUGCUUCACCACCUGCUGACGGCAUGAUCUCUGUGUCAGGCGCCCUUCCUGUCCGUCAGCCCAAGUCCUGGGCCAGUCUCAUUCAUGAUUCUAAGCCUUCUUCCUCUUCUCUUGUGGCUUAUGUGGAAACCAAGUAUUCCCCUCCUACCACAUCUCCCCUGGUCUCUGAAAAGCAGGUUGAAGUUAAAGAAGGGCUUGUUCCGGUUUCAGAGGAUCCCGUAGCCAUAAAGAUUGCAGAGUUACUGGAGAAUGUAACCUUAAUAUAUAAGCCAGUGUCAUUGCAACCCCGUGGGCUGAUCAAUAAAGAAUGGUGCUACAUUAACGCCACACUGCAGGCAUUGGUCGCAUGCCCUCUGAUGUACCACCUGAUGAAGUUCAUUCCUCUGUAUUCAAAAGUGCAAAGGCCUUGUACAUCAACACCCAUGAUAGAUAGCUUUGUUCGGCUAAUGAAUGAGUUUACUAAUGUGCCAGUACCUCCAAAACCCCGAAAAGCUCUUGGGGAUAAAAUUGUGAGGGAUAUCCGCCCUGGAGCUGCCUUUGAACUCACGUAUGUCUAUAGACUCCUGACCGUGAACAAGUGGAGCCUGUCUGAGAAGGGUCGCCAAGAAGAUGCUGAGGAGUAUUUAGGUUUCAUUCUAAAUGGACUUCAUGAGGAAAUGUUGAACCUAAAAAAGCUGCUCUCACCAAAUAAUGAAAAACUUACGAUUUCCAACAGGCCCAAGAGCCACUUGCUUGACGAUUAUGAGCAGGAGGAGCAAGGCGAAGGAAGUGAAGACGAAUGGGAGCAAGUUGGCCCCAGGAACAAGACUUCAUUCACCCGCCAGGCAGAUUUUGUUCAGACGCCCAUCACCGGCAUCUUUGGUGGACACAUCAGGUCUGUGGUAUACCAGCAGAGUUCAAAAGAGUCUGUCACUUUGCAACCAUUUUUCACGUUGCAGCUGGAUAUCCAGGCUGACAAGAUACGUACGGUCCAGGACGCAUUGGAAAUUGUCCAAGGUUAUACCACAAAAACCAAGCAAGAGGUUGAAAUAAGUUGAAGAGUGACUCUGGAGAAACUGCCUCCUGUUCUCGUGCUGCACCUGAAGCGGUUUGUUUAUGAGAAGACCGGUGGAUGUCAGAAGCUUAUCAAAAACAUCGACUAUCCGGUGGACUUGGAGAUUAGUAAAGAACUUCUUUCUCCAGGGGUUAAAAAUAAGAAUUUUAAAUGCCACAGAACAUAUCGGCUGUUUGCAGUGGUCUACUAUCACUGCGGCAGCGCUACAGGGGGUCAUUACACUACAGACAUCUUCCAGAUUGGUCUGAACGGCUGGCUGUGCAUCGAUGACCAGACAGUCAAGGUGAUUAACCAGUACCAGGUGGUGAAGCCAACUGCUGAACGCACAGCCUACCUCCUGUAUUCCCGCCGCGUGGACCUGCUGUGA